AAUCAAAACCUUUUACAUCACCAUGCUAAGCCACCAAGAAGAUAGCCUCAAAAACUGUAAUAUUCAAAACAAAGACAACAGUUUCCCACUGCCCAGUUUUUGUUGUUGUUACUGCCCAUGUUGUGAAAAGUGUUGCCACUCUUGUUCCAUGGAGUUUCAUUGUUCUUGAUCAUAAAGCAGAAAAAUGAAAGCACUUUCAUCUCAAACACAGGCUCUCAAAGCAUCAUCAACCACUGCUAUAUUCAACUCAACUCUAUCUCCUCCUGAAAGAACCUCAGCUUUUCAUUUAUCAAUCUUUAAGAACCCCAUUUGUGAUGUCAGUGGCUUUUCUUCAAAACACAACUCUUUUCUCAGAGGUCAAUUCAAUAGCGGAUGCUUUCUUGAAUUUAGAUUGAACCGUGCAAGGAGAAAACAUGGAGGACUACUUGUUUCACCAAGCUGUGUGCUUCCUUUAACUGAAGAGAAUGUGGAGAAAGUGUUGGACGAGGUGCGGCCUGGCUUGAUGGCUGAUGGAGGUAAUGUAGCUUUACAUGAGAUAGAUGGCCUUGUUGUGGUACUGAAGUUACAAGGAGCAUGUGGAUCAUGUCCAAGCUCAACAAUGACACUAAAGAAUGGAAUCGAAACUCGUCUCCGGGAUAAAAUACCAGAAAUUCUGGAAGUGGAGCAAAUCCUUGACACCGAAACAGGACUUGAGCUAAACAGGGAAAACGUUGAAAAGCUUCUUGCAGAGAUUAGACCAUACCUCGCGGGCACAGGAGGUGGAAUACUUGAGCUGGUUCAGAUUGAUGACUACGUUGUGAAAGUUCGACUCAGUGGUCCUGCAGCUGGAGUUAUGACUGUUCGGGUUGCUAUAACACAGAAGUUGAGAGAAAAAAUACCCAUCAUUGCAGCAGUUCAGUUGAUAGAUUGAUGAAGUAUGAUGAUAAACAUCAUCAACUGUAAAGCAAAGGAUAGACACAUAGUUUUGUAUCAAUUUUCAUGAUAGCAAUAGAAUUAUUAUCGGGACAUAAAAUUUUGCACCUGGGAAAUACAUUUGCUGUAUAUUUCCUUCAAGCAUUUUAAUCCUAAAUCUAUUUUUUUUGUCUUCGCUGAUCUUGGCUAUCUUUCGUUGUUUUGUAAAGAGAAGUUUGUACAUGGAGACUGCAUUUAUGCUUAGUUGAUAAUGCCA